AUGUCGAGCUCGGAGCUGGACCUAGAUCGGCUCUCCGAUAGCGAGAGAACCGCGCUAGAGAUGUACAUGGCUGUGACCAGUCAAGAACCAGCAGAAGCGAUUCCCCUUCUGCGACGUUCAGAAUGGAACGUGCAGAUCGCGAUAUCCAAAUUCUUUGAUGGCGAAGGACCGGACCCUCUGGCAGAGGCCCGAUCGGCCAUGGACCAACCGCCACCACCUCAACAGAACCGCCGAACCCAGAAUUUGAUGACCGACGAUUUCACCGAGCACUUGUCGCAGAUAGCCCGCGUCACAGACCCGGCGCCACGGAUUGGCACCCAGUCGGCCGACCAGCCUACCUACCGAGCUCCAUUGAUCAUUGCGCUGCUAUUCAUGCCCUUCAACCUUGUCUACCGAUUACUCUGCGGUUCAUUCCGUCUGUUCGGGCGUCUGUUUCCUUUCCUCCCACGAUUGUUCAACAGAACCGCAAACCCCGCGCUACAAGGCGCCCGCCAGAAUACUACGGGCCGCCGUCCCCUCGGUCCCAAGGACACCGCUGCUCGUUUCAUCCGAGAAUUCGAGGAGGAGUAUGAGUCGCAUCCAAUUCCGUUCUUGGAAAAUGGCUACAACAUGGCGCUGGAGAAAGCCCACCGUGAUCUGAAGUUCCUAUUCGUCGUACUCUUGUCGCCUGAACACGACGACACGAGCAGUUGGGUCCGAGAUACCUUGCUCGCACCCGAGGUGGUGGAGUUUAUCAACGAUCCUCGAAACAACCUCCUCGUGUGGGGAGGCAACGUCCGUGACUCUGAGGCCUACCAGGUCGCCAACUCGCUGCGCGUCACCAAAUUUCCCUUUGCCGCCGUUGUCGUCCACACGCCAAACGUCUCCUCUACUGCCAUGUCUGUCGUUGGUCGGAUCGCCGGGGUGAACUCACCCGCCGAAGUUGUCACCAAGCUCCGCGCCGCCGUCACCUCCAAUCAGGAACCCCUGGAGCGCAUUCGAUCCUCCCGCGCGGAACAACAAGCCUCGCGCAGCCUACGUGAAGAGCAAGACUCCGCCUACGAGCGGUCGCUGGCGAUCGACCGAGAGCGCGCCCGGCAACGCCGUGAGGCAGAAGCGGAGCGCCAACGCGAGGAAGAAGCAGCCGCUGGACGCCAAGCCGCCGAGGAGCGGAGGCGCCGAGACCUGGCUCAGUGGAAGCUCUGGCGUGCGCAGUCUCUCCGCGCCGAGCCCGGCCCCGACGUCCAGGAUGCUGUCCGGGUGAGUGUUCGACUGCCCUCCGGCGAGCGAAUUAUGCGUAAGUUUGCGCCCGACACCGCCAUGGAAGAGCUCUACGCCACGGUCGAGUGCUGGGAAGCCUUGCAGGAUGCAGAUGCACCCGCGACCAAGGAACCCGAGGGGUUUGUGCACCAAUACACCUUCCAACUGGUUUCGCCCAUGCCUCGGGUGGUUUAUUCUCUAGAUGACGGAGGCUCGAUUCGCGAGAAGAUCGGUCGCGGUGGGAAUUUGUUAGUGGAACCGAUUGACGAUGACGAGGAUGAUGCGAGCGAAGUGUGA